AUGAUCACUUACGUUGAUAAGACAGCCCGUAUUGGUCUACUCGUCGCAAGACGCAGUACUCUUCCAAAAAGCACUUGGAGAGUACCAGUGGAUCGACGAUUCAUAUCCACGAUCACAGUGUCUGCAAAUGAUACUACUCCUGCCGUUCUUACACCUCCCCUUGCUACCCUGCCAGCCAGUGUUCUUCUGAGAUCACUUUUGAUUGCCACCAUCUCUUCAAAGCCUUUUCUUCUGGACUCUUCUCUAUGGGCCAUUUCCAUCCUCUCCAAGCCAGAUCGAGGAUUCUUGUUCAAUGUGGACCGUAAUCCAAUUCUCCACAGUAUUUUAAAGAAUACAUUCUAUAAUCAGUUCUGCGCUGGCGAGAAUGGCACUGAAGUCAAGGCCACUAUCCGCCAACUCAAGGACAUGGGGUUUCGCGGUGUGAUUAUGACUUAUGCCAAAGAAACUGUGUUUGACCGUCGAACCAGCACUAAGGAAGGUCCUACGAUUUUGGAUGCUGAAAAUGAUAAUGGACUGUCAUCCUCUCAAGCAGUUCAUUGCGAUAAUAUCGAUUCAUGGCGGAAAGGCACAUUGGAAACUAUUGAACAACUAGAAGAUGGGGAUUAUCUCGCUGUAAAAUUGACUGGGGCUGGUCCUACUGUCACCGAAGCCUUCGCAGCAGUACAGAUGCCACCGAAACAGAUGCUGGUGGCAUUAAAAGAGAUUUGCAACAAAUGUAAAGAUCGCAAUGUGCGCUUGCUAGUUGAUGCUGAGUCUCAGCACUUUCAAUGGGGGAUUAUGCGAAUCACCUUGGAGCUUAUGCAGCAGUAUAACCGAGAUGGAUUUGCCGUUGUCUAUAAUACCUACCAAGCAUAUUUGAAGAGUACAUCGGAUACAUUAGCAUCGCAUCUGGUUGCUGCCCAGAAAGAAGGGUUCACUCUAGGACUCAAACUCGUUCGAGGUGCAUACAUAGCUUCUGACAAUCGAUCCCUGAUCCACGACACGAAGGAGGAGACCGAUACUGCCUACAACGACAUCGCUCAAGGCGCACUCAGGCAUAAUAUUGGAGAGUUUGGCAUUAGCAUUCCCUUCCCAUCUUUGGACCUGCUUCUAUGCAGUCACAAUAGGGCGAGUGUCAUGGCUGCCCACCAGCUCCACGAAUAUCGUGUUGCUGCCGGCUUGCCAACUGUCCCUGUUGAGUUUGCUCAGCUUCAUGGAAUGUCAGAUGAGGUUAGUUUCUCGCUUUUACAAUCUAAAGGAAUUGAUGGGGCGCCACAGGUUUAUAAGUGUUCUACAUGGGGUAGCUUGGGUGAGUGUCUGGCAUAUCUUCUGCGUAGGGCGAUUGAGAAUAGGGACGCUGUUCUUCGUACAAACGAUGAGUACACUGCACUGAAGACAGAGUUGAAAAGGAGGUUGAGGGGAACUGUGUAUUUAUAUUCUGGUAAAUAG